CAUAAUAAAUUCAAAUAAAUACCAAAAUGUGCAAGAAUUAAAAAAGGCAAUAAAAAAAGUUGGAAAACUAAUAAUGGAGGAAAAUAAUUUAGAUUUUUCAGUUGAAAAUUUAAUAAGGAAAGUUUUAACAAUAAUAAAUGAAAUAAAUGAAUAAACAGAUAAAAAAAAACAAAAAGGAUUUUCUAAUUUAAAAAAAAUAUUCGAAAAAGAUGAAGAAAGUUUAAAUAUUACUCAUUUAGAAGAUAUAAAAGAAUUUUAAGUUAAAACAAAUCAAUUUAUUGAAGGUGUCAAUAAUUUAAUAGAAGAAUUACAAGAUUUACCUUAAACAAUAAGUUAAUAUUCAGCUACACAUAUAAAUUCAAAUGAAGUUAUUAUUACUUAUGGAUAUUCUUAUACAGUAAAAGUAUUUUUAAUAAAUGCUAAAAAAUAAAGAGAUUUUGAAGUUAUUGUUUUCGAAUAAGAAAAUUCAACUAAUGGAUAAAAAAUGGCUUCUGAAUUAUAAAGAGAAGGUGGAAUUACGACUUUCUUAGCACCUUUUUCGUCUAUUUACGCUUUUAUGUCUAGAGUUAAUAAGAUAUUUUUGGGUGCACAUGCUAUUAUGAAAAAUGGAGGUAUUUUGGGAAAAACAGGAAUUUUCAUGAUUUCUUCAGCUGCUAAAGCUUAUUCUGUGCCUGUUAUUAUUUUAUCUUCUGCAAUAAAAUUAACUCCUUUAUUCCCUUUUGAAUAAAAUACAUAUAACGAUAUUUAAAAUCCAUUUAAUGUAUAUUAAGGAAAUAUCGAAUAUUCAAAUAAUUAAACUAUUAUUUCUACUAAAUUGGACUAUAUAGCACCUGAAUAUAUCAGUUUAUAUAUUACUAAUUAUGGAGAACAUACACCUGCGUAUAUUUAUAGACUAUUUAACGAAUUUUAUUCAAGAGAAGAUGUUUGA